GGAACAUGGAGUAGGGAAGCUGGAAGCAGGAUAAGCUGAAAUUCAAAUCCAAGCGACACCAGCCUGAAGACCAUGGUCUCGAAGCUGAGUCAUCUUCAAGUGGAGCUGCUGGGAGCACUGCUGGAGUCGGGGCUGACCAAGGAGACCCUGAUCAAGGCGCUGAGCGAAGUGGAACCCUACGUGCUCCAGAGCGAAAGCCAGCGCGCUAUCAAUGCCCUCCAGACAGAGAAAGGGGAACCCUGUCCUGACAUCCCCAACCUCCCCAAUGGAAUGGGGGAGUCCAGGUUAUCAGAAGAUGAAACCUCUGAUGAUGGGGAGGAAUUUACCCCUCCAAUAAUGAAGGAGCUGGAAAACUUGAGCCCCGAGGAAGCUGCUCACCAGAAGGCUGUGGUGGAAAGACUAUUACAAGAAGAUCCCUGGCGAGUAGCAAAGAUGGUGAAAUCCUACCUCCAGCAGCACAACAUCCCUCAGCGGGAAGUGGUGGACACUACUGGUCUGAACCAAUCUCACCUCUCACAACACCUCAACAAGGGCACUCCCAUGAAGACCCAAAAAAGGGCAGCCCUCUACACCUGGUAUGUCCGCAAGCAGCGAGAAGUGGCCCAGCAAUUUACACAUGCUGGACAGGGUAUCCUGACAGAGGAGCCCAUGGGAGAUGACCUGCCCACCAAGAAGGGAAGAAGAAACCGCUUUAAGUGGGGUCCCGCCUCACAACAGAUCCUGUUCCAAGCCUAUGAGAGACAGAAAAACCCCAGCAAAGAAGAGAGAGAGGCACUGGUGGAAGAGUGCAACAGAGCAGAGUGUAUUCAGAGAGGCGUUUCCCCAUCUCAGGCCCAGGGACUGGGCUCAAACCUGGUGACAGAGGUCAGAGUUUACAACUGGUUUGCCAAUCGCAGGAAGGAGGAGGCUUUCCGGCACAAGCUGGCCAUGGACACCUUCAGCGGACCACAGCCCCCUUCUGCUCCUCCUCUAACUCCUCACAACCCUUCCUCCCUCCAGCCACCAUCUGCUCUCUCACCCAGCAAAGUUCACGGAGUGAGGUACAACCAGCAGUCAGUCAGCGAGGCAGAGUCCUCCAGCAGCAACCACCAUGGGAACAGCUCCAUGGUGACCACCCAAACCAUCCUGCAUCAGGUUUCUCCCCCUGGACUGGAGCCCAGCCAGAACCUACUGAGCACAGACACUAAGCUGGUCUCGACUCCUGGAGGAACUCUCCCUCCUGUCAGCACCCUGACUGCCUUGCACAGCCUAGAGCAAAAUCCACACGCCCUGAGCCAGCAAACUCAGAACCUUAUCAUGGCAUCACUGCCUGGCGUAAUGGCAAUCGGAGCUGGCGAGACCUCAUCUCUAGCACCAGCAUUCACCAACACAGGCGCCUCCACCCUGGUGAUAGGCCUGGCCUCAACCCAGCCCCAGAGCGUACCUGUAAUAAACAGCAUGGGUAGCAGCCUCACUACCCUGCAGCCCGUCCAGUUCUCCCAGCAACUGCACCCAUCCUACCAGCAGCCCCUCAUGCAGCAAGUCCAGAGCCACAUCAACCAGAGCCCCUUCAUGGCUACUAUGGCCCAGAUACAGAACCCUCACGCUCUCUACGGCCCCAAGUCUGAAGUGGCCCAAUACACACAUACAGGCCUCUUACCACAAACCAUGGUGAUAACAGAUACAGCCAAUCUCAGCGCCCUGACUAAUCUGACACCAACUAAACAGGCAUUCACAUCUGACUCGGAGACCCACACAGAGUCUGGGAUGCACACACCAGUGUCACAGGCGCCAACGAUACAUUUACAGAACCAAGACACAACCAUCCAGCACCUUCAGCCAGGCCCUCGCCUCACCUCUAGCCCUGCUGUGUCCUCCAGCAGCCUGGUGCUGUACCAAAGCUCUGACUCUGCCAACAGCCACAGUCAGCUGCUGCCGUCCACUCACAAUGUCAUCGAGACCUUCAUCUCCACGCAAAUGGCAUCCUCCACUCAGUAAUCAAGACAAUCAGCUCAAGGGUGACUGCCAUGACCAACCUGUCAGGUGCAACUCCAACGGUGUUUGCCAUCACUGUCACCACUGCCUUCCACGGUAAGGAAAAGCUGCUGCACAGCCGACCUCCAGUCCCUACCGCCUCAUACAAACCCCUUACUCAGCUGCCUCUGUGAGAGCAGACAUCUCAAGCUCAAGACAGAAGCCAUGGAAAGAUGGUGCUGGCACUGCUAAAAUCCACUGCUCCCCCCAAAAAAACCCAAGCAAACCCAAGCCCCACUCAACCUAGAAUGGCCAGACGUCCUUUUGAGGCUGCCCGAGAAGGAAUCUCAUCAAGAUGGGGAUUUGAAUGUAACACAUCAAAACUGCCAGGGCAUGGAUGGGACUUUCAUUCUGCUCAGCCUUGAUCAAGCUGGGCCUGUACAAACCUGCCAACACCAGACUAAGCCAUGCGGGAAAGAGCAAAGCUGAGCUGCCAAAGAAGGGACACCAUCUUUAAAACGCUCACCUCCUUUGCUGCAAAGAAGCACCAAUGAGAACUAUGAGAAAUAACAGUAUCUUGGAGG